CUUCCGGGAUGGCUGCUCCGAGGAAAGGCUUUGGCGCCGGAGAUACACGAACAGCGGUCUCCCUCAGGCCGCUUUCUGUCGGGGGUUUGGAGGUCCUCUGGAGGCGCGCUCAGCCUUCGUCGUGGGAAGCUAGAGAAGAAAGGCCGGCGGGAUGGCGUCCUUUGGGUGGAAGAGGAAAAUUGGUGAGAAGGUCUCCAAGGUCACUUCGCAGCAGUUUGAAGCAGAGGCUGCGGAUGAGAAGGAGGCCACGGAGAGUGAGGACGGGGGGUGGCUUCCCGCUGCGAAGCGCAGGAAGGAAGUGCUGCUUGAAGGCUGUGCUGAGAGGAGUAAACAGCUGAAGGAUGAAGGAGCCAGUCUGGCUGAAAACAAAAGGUACCGGGAGGCAAUUCAGAGGUGGGAUGAAGCGCUGCACUUAACCCCCAAUGAGGCUGCCCUCCAUGAGAUGAAAGCACAGGUCCUAAUGUCUCUUCAUGAAAUAUUCCCAGCGGUACAUGCAGCAGAAAUGGCUGUCCAGUGCAAUCCACAUUCAUGGGAGUCUUGGCAAACUUUGGGACGUGCUCAGCUUGGGUUAGGAGAGAUACUUCUGGCAAUUCGAAGUUUUCAAGUAGCCCUUCACAUCUAUCCAAUGAAUCCUGAAAUUUGGAAAGAAGACCUUUCUUGGGCAAGAACACUAUUGGAGCAACAGAAAGUUGCACAGAGGAUCAAGAGAAGUGAAGCACCAAAUGCAGUGACACAGUUUUCGCAGAGGUCGAUUCCGGAAGUCGACUAUGACUUUGAGAGUGAUGAGAUUAUUGCUGUUUGUGCAGCUAUUGCUGAGAAACAGAAGACAGUUUCAGCAAAUAAAACCAUGGUGAUUGUGUCUGCUUCUGGAACGGUUGAGACCGUAACCGAGAAGGAAGAGGGGGCUACGCCACCAGACGGCUCUGUUUUUAUCAAAGCCCGAUGAAACUGUGUGCUUAGAGGAAUUAUUUGAGUCUUUUUGAUUGGCACAGAAAGUGUAGCCAUAGGAAUAUUUUUUCUGGCAAAAGAGCAGAACUCCUGCUUAUAACGUAAGUCCUUCAGAUGAGGCAUGAAACAAAAGCUAAAUGGUAGAAUUUUUUCACAAGCUAUGAUUUAUAAUUUAAAGAUUAGAAUUUGGAUAAAUGUUUUUUGAUAAAUAAACUUAAUCCAAAUGCAUAAAUGGACAUGUUUUAAUGAUGCAGCUUGAAAAGUGUGUUUGUGUGCAGCUGAUAACUUGAUGGUAAAUGUUAUUAAAAUGUGGACUUACCAACUUUUGUUUUACGGAUAGUUUUGGCUUCUUUCUGUCUUAGAAAUAAACUAUUAUUUUAUU